UGGAGAACAGGGGCAGAAUUAGUGUUCAGAAGCCCUGGGCUGGCUGGGCUCCUCUCCAACAUCUCCUCUGGAAUGUUCUGAAGCAGCAAGUGGCACCAUUUCUUUUUUUUCCAAGCUUCAGAAUUAGAUACUGAAAUCAUUUCUGUAGCUCGGACGUCCUUGCAAUAAUGGAGUUUCAUUCAUUACUAACCAACAGGUCUUUAGCUGCUCUCUGCUAGCUUGGCAAAAGAUAAAAUGCAUUUAAAUAUUUUUCAUUUCAUUCUUUUUUUUUUUUUUUGGUUAGGGGGCCAGGGCUCAAUGGUGAAGCAAAGGCGCGUGUGCACACGCAUGCACACGCAUGCACACACAUGCGCACACACACACACACACACACACACUCACACACUCACUCCUCAACUGAGUUUUCGCAAACGGUGGAAACCGCGGUAGCCCCCGCCACCCCCAAUUCUCCGCAGCCUACGUCCAGUCUCCUCGCCCUGUCCCAGCCACCGCUGAUGUCCAGAUCGCAGAUGAGGUCAAACGCCUCGAUUCCUCUUGCUCCGUUUGUGUCAUCACAGCUCCGGAGCCUUUUAAAGAAGCGCUUCCCGCUUCGGCUAAGUCCAGUCCUGCGGCGCCAUGAACACACUGGUGGCCUUGUUGUCGCUGUUCCUCCUGGAGGUGCGUGCCCAGCACGGGCCCGAAUGGACCUACUCAGAGGGGGCCCUGGAUAAGGCGCACUGGGCCACGGAGUACCCCGACUGCGGGGGCAGGAGGCAGUCGCCCAUCAACCUGCAGAGGAAGAAAGUGAGGUACAACCCCGACCUGCUGCCCCUGACGCUGACGGGCUACGGGGCCCAGGAGGGGUCGUUCACCAUGACCAACAACGGCCAUACAGUGCAGAUCUCGCUCCCCGACACCAUGCGGCUCGUGACCUCCGACGGCUCCGAGUACAUCGCCCAGCAGAUGCACUUCCACUGGGGCGGCGCGUCCUCCGAGAUCAGCGGCUCCGAGCACACCGUGGACGGCAAGAGACACGUGGCAGAGGUGCACGUGGUUCACUACAACUCGAAGUACCCGAGCUUCAACGUGGCCCAGAGCUCCCCCGACGGCUUGGCGGUGCUGGCUGCGGUCUUCAAGGUCCAGGAAUACAGCGAAAACACUUACUACAGCAACUUCAUCUCCCACCUGCAGGAAAUCAGGUACCCAGGACAAAGCACAGUGCUGAAGAGCCUGGACAUCAUGGACAUGCUGCCCGAGAACCUUGAGAACUACUACACCUACCAGGGCUCCCUCACCACCCCGCCCUGCACCGAGAACGUCCUCUGGUUCUUGCUGAAGGACACAGUCCAGGUCUCCAAAGCGCAGAUUUUCAAGUUAGAGAAUACGUUGCUGGAUCACAACAACAAGACCCUCCACAAUGACUACCGCAUGACACAGCCCCUGUACGAGAGGGUGGUGGAGGCCAACUUCGAGUACUUCCCUUCCGACCCAGAACUACAUUUCCAGGCAUUCGUGAAUAAGAUGGCGGCUUUAAUCCAAGAAUCAGUUGGAGAUGGAAAGACAGAGAAGCCGAAAGAGAAGAAGGCAAAAAAGCACAAGAAACAUCACUGAGCCAACCGCGGGACCCGAGCCCCCAGCCCCGCCACGCCCGUCAGGCUGGUUGAUCUGUCUGACUGUCCUUCCGAAUGAGGCGAUAAUAAAAUCACUUUGGGAAUUUGUCAU